UCUCAAUGACGCCCCGCAAUAACCGCAUGAACCGGGGCAAAGGAGCCUCUUGCUAUUGAUUUGUAACCACUACAAGAUAAGUCGAGCAGCCUUAGGCUCAUCGUCCUUUUGUCUGUGAACCUCCAUCUCCAGAAUGCCGACCGCUAUCACGAUCCGCAAGGUUGACGGCAAGCCCGGUCAAGUGUACUACCCUCUAGAGAAGAUCAAUGUUCCCGAAAGCACACCCAAGGACAAGCAAGUCGUCGUGAAGAUUACCGCCGCCGCACUGAACCACCGAGACCACUUCAUUCGCCAGCAUCUUUACCCUGGCACCACGUUCGGCGUACCGCUCCUCGCAGAUGGCUCUGGUAUCGUGACAUCGACAGGCUCGUCUCCCGAAGCAAAGAAAUGGCUGAACAAGCGCGUUAUACUCAACCCCGGCACUGGGUGGAAAGAUGACCCAGAUGGUCCCGAGGAUCCCAAGGGCUACUCUAUACUUGGAGGAACGAAGCUCAAUCCGCUUGGCACUUUGACUGAGAGUCUCGUCAUUGACGCCUCCGAGUUGGAAGAAGCCCCCAAGCAUCUCUCGAACGCUGAAGCUGCUGCGUUCCCUCUGACUGGUCUUACUGCUUGGAGAGCGACUGUGACGAAGAGUGGAAACUGCAAGCCUGGUCGUAACAUCCUCAUCACUGGUAUCGGUGGUGGUGUGGCGUUGAUGGCUCUGCUCUUUGCAAACGCUGCUGGUGCCAAUGUCUUCGUGACUAGUGGAAGUCAAGAAAAGUUGGACAAGGCAAAGAAGCUUGGUGCUGCCGGCGGCGCUAUCUACAAAGAGGAAGGAUGGGAGAAGAAAUUGCUUGAACAGCUACCGAAAGACAGAAAGUUCCUCGAUGCUGUCAUUGACGGUGCUGGUGGUGACAUCGUCCAGAAGACUUUCAAGAUCUUGAAGCCUGGCGGUGUCAUUGUCUCUUAUGGCAUGACAGUAGGCCCACAAAUGCCCUUCACAAUGGCCGCUGUACUUAAGAACAUCGAUCUUCGUGGCUCCACAAUGGGCUCGAGGAAAGAGUUUACCGAUAUGGUCAAUUUUGUUUCAUCCAAGAACAUCCGACCAAUUGUCUCGAGAACAGUUACUGGAAUUGACGACCUUGAGGGUAUCAACGGACUCUUCGAGGACAUCAAGAAUGCUAGCCAAUUUGGCAAGCUGGUCAUUGAGCUCGAGAAGGGUUCCGAAGCUAGCAAGCUGUAGAGAAGCCAAUUUCAUGAUUUACGAAUUGUCGUCCGCCACGACGUUCUUGACCCUUAUGGCAAGGCCUCAUGGUGCUAGACUGCUGUCCAAUGCAGCCCUGCAACACAGAGGAUCCUGUAGUGGUCCCAAGCAACGUUUCACAUUAAUUGGGGUUGUGGUCUAGUGGUAUGACAUCUUCUUAGCAUUGUUCUUUGAACAUGACUGAGUGGAGAAGGUUCUGGGUUCGAUUCCCAGCUACUCCAGUUUUUGCCCGGUUGAGGUCGUGUAGCAUGAGGCUUUUGCUCGAUAAAUCAAAAUUUUGUUCAAUGCACCUACU